CUCCCUGCCACGGGAUGCAGUUUAUUUUUCCUGGAAAAAUGAACAUUUUCGGAAAUGACUUCGUUUUAUGGGCGAUUCAGGCACUUCCUGGACAUCAUUGACCCCCGGACUCUCUUUGUCACAGAGAGUCGCCUUAAAGAAGCAGUGCAGUUGCUGGAAGAUUAUAAACAUGGGACUUUGCCCCCAGGAGUCACCAACAAGGAGCUUUGGCGAGCGCAAAAAAUAAAACAGGCCAUCAUGCAUCCAGACACUAACGAGACGAUUUUCAUGCCCUUCCGAAUGUCAGGUUACAUUCCUUUCGGAACACCAAUAGUGGUUGGUCUUCUCUUGCCAAACCAGACACUGGCAUCGACAGUCUUCUGGCAGUGGUUGAACCAGAGCCACAACGCCUGUGUCAACUAUGCAAACCGGAAUGCAACCAAGUCAUUGCCUGCGUCUCGAUGGCUCCAGGGCUACUUGGGAGCUGUCAUCAGUGCCGUCUCGAUAGCCGUGGGCCUUAAUGUUCUGAUCCAGAGAGCGAGCCAUUUCACCCCGGCCACCCGGCUCCUGAUCCAGAGAUUUGUGCCGUUCCCUGCUGUCGCCAGUGCCAAUAUUUGCAAUGUGGUCCUGAUGAGACACAUGGAGCUGAAGGAGGGGAUUGAUGUUUUCGAUGCCGAAGGAAACGUCGUUGGAUCUUCCAGAAUUGCUGCCAAGCAUGCACUGCUGGAGACAGCCCUGACCCGAGUGGUCCUCCCGAUGCCGAUACUGGUUCUACCUCCCAUCAUCAUGUCUCUGCUGGAAAAAACGGCUCUCCUGCGCUCCCGGCCUCGGCUGGUGCUCCCUGUGCAGAGCCUCGUGUGCCUUGCUGCCUUCGGCCUGGCCCUGCCCUUGGCCAUCAGCCUCUUCCCGCAGAUGUCAGAGAUUGAGACCUCGCGCCUGGAACCGGACCUCGCCCAGGCCACCGCCAGCAGGACGGUCGUCUACAACAAAGGGCUGUAAGUGGAAGAUGGACCCGCCUGGCAUGGAAGAUGGCGAAGCAGGAAAGGAGCGCCAGUCCUACCCGAGGAAUUGCUGGGAGGGGGGGGAGAGAGAGAGGGAAAAAGAGCAGGGAGGAAGGAGGAAUACAAUAGGAGGAGGAGGAAGCUGGCGCUCCCAAUGUCUUCCACUGUCGAGAGCGGCGUGUAAAUUAACACUUUCCAAGACUCGGCAUCUCACAUGGGUCGAAAAGAUUAAUAUUUAAAGUUUUAAAUUAGCGACAGUAACAGCACAAAGGGAAGAGUGAGUGGGAGGGAGGGAGGGCGGCGGGGGGGGGGCCUCACAAGCUCCAAGCUCACAUCCUGGAUCGGCAGAGUGCCGUGGAGGAGACUGCCACCUCCCCACGGGUCUGUGCAGCUUUACACAAAAGUAGACACCCCCACCCCCUCCCAUGCAGCACUUCCUUUUUUCAAAUCCUAGGAAUUCAGCCCCCACACUUCUUUGGGGCAGCAAAGAGCUCAGCUCUUGGCACUUGACGAGGAAGAGGCAGCUCGAGCGUCUUGAUAAUCGUACUGUAUUGAUUCAGUGUCAGUCUUGCACAGCCGUAGACCGUUCUGCGACACUUGCUUUGACUCUAAACAAAUGACACAGGGCAGGUUGUCUUUGUCUGUGUAUGAGACACGCGCGCGCGCACCGCCCUUCCUCUGCUCUCCAGCCCCCUCUUCCCCAGGCCUGGAUGGGCAGAUUUGCUGGGGGUGUUUCUUGUAAGACAGCUCUGAAGCCCAAAUGUGAAGCCGCUGGGGUGGCUCCCUCCGGGCAAUGCCUCCUUCUCACACGCACCCACGGAAAGAAGCAUUCAGCCUAUUGCAGGAUGGCCUAUUGCAGGCCACCACAUGCGUGUGAUUAGAGCAUAGGCUCACGGCAACCGUUCUGCACCCGUCCUUGCAGAGCUGUCCAUGUGGUUGUCCAUUCAGGGCAAGGUCUCGGGUUCCUCCAUGUCUCCCUCGGGGCGGCCUGUGGCCAGUCCUUGAACAAGCCCCAGGAGCCACCAUCUCUUCCCUUCCACCUGCCGUGGCCUCUCCGGCCUGAUUCCUGGGUGU